GCCUUGGACAUCCCGUGGUGCCACUUCAAGUCUCCCCAUCACUCAUUCAGUUCCCUUUUAUAUCUAACUAUUGCCUGCCCGGUAACACCCUCUGCCUCUUCCGGUUCUCUUCAGACACACUCUCUCGUACUUCUCCAAUCGUGCACUGUGCAUUUGCUCUAUUAAAUUAAUUCUUCAUCUAAUUCUCGGAGCUCCAGCCAUCCGGAUUUAUUGCCGGUCCGUCGGUUCGUGCUUCCUCCGUUCGCCUCCCCUAAUUGUGGAUCGUGAAAGAUCCGAUCCAGGAACCGCAACCAUCUCCAUUGUAUACUAUUUUUUUUUUCCCUUUUCUCUUCCUUCUCUGUCUUAUUGACGUUCCUUUCGGUGCCGUCUCUUUUCAUAUCGCGCAACCCCCCCCCUCGGUUUCCGUUAGUUGCCGCUGAAACCGACAGAUGUGUUGAUCGUUUUACACGUCCUGCGCACAUCUUUCAACACAUCUAGACAUAGAGUGACUCCAUAAUGGCAGUCAAUGCUUCGAUGGUCUAUGACCUCCCGCCACUUCCGGCUUAUACGUUAACACCUCGCCCGCCCCUAUUAUCCCCAAUUCCCGACAAUAUUUUGGCUCUGAUGCUGCCCAUCAUCGCUUAUUGGGCGCUGUCUAUGGUCUAUCAUUACAUUGAUGUCUACGACUUGUUCCCCCAGUACCGUCUACAUACUCCGGCCGAAGUCCUAAAACGAAACCAUGUAUCGCGUUGGGAAGUUGUGAGGGAUGUCAUCCUACAGCAAGUAAUUCAAACUAUAGCGGGCCUCGCGAUGUCCUACUUGGAUCCCCAAGAAUGCUUGGGUAAAGAGGAAUAUGAUGUGGCUGUUUGGGCUCAGCGGAUCCGUCUCUUGCAGAGGGUCCUUCCGCGUAUGCUGGCGCUGGUUGGUAUUGAUGCCAUGGGUUUGGCAAAGACCCUGUCGAUAAAUGGCCAUACAAUCUUGGGAGGAGUUCUCGCGGGCGGACGCUAUCCUGGACUCACCCAAACCACGAUCUUGGAAAAUGGCGUAGAGGCCAUCGUUCCUGCAUUUGCCGGAUGGGAAUUAACAACGGCCAGCUUCGUCUAUUGGUACUUCAUUCCAGCCGUGCAGUUUAUCUGGGGUGUAUGCGUCGUCGACACCUGGCAGUAUUUCCUCCACCGGGCAAUGCACAUGAACCGUUGGCUUUAUGUUACUUUCCACUCCCGUCACCACCGCUUAUACGUCCCGUAUGCGUUUGGUGCUCUGUACAAUCACCCCGUGGAGGGGUUUCUCCUCGACACAGCCGGUACAGGGGUUGCGUUCUUGACGGCUAGAAUGACCAUUCGCCAGAGUAUGUGGUUUUUUACCUGCUCGACUAUUAAAACCGUUGACGAUCACUGUGGCUAUGCUUUCCCGUGGGACCCCUUGCAGCACUUUACUUCCAAUAAUGCUGCCUAUCAUGACAUUCACCACCAGAGCUGGGGGAUAAAAACCAACUUUUCUCAACCAUUUUUCACCUUCUGGGAUCAUCUUCUCGAGACGCAAUGGAGGGGCGAUGUGAGACUUCGUUACGAGCGGGGCCGGGAAGCUGCCCAGAGAAAGUUGGACGGCACCGCCGUCCAAGAGCAUGGAGUCAAGGGAGAAACCGUCACAUCUCCCGCCAGAGUUUCCUCGGAUGAGCCGGCCGAUACCAAUGCACGGUCCCGAUUGCGCCGAAAGACCGCCACCUUUGACGGUCUGAAGGGCGCAAAGCAUGGAGUGACCAGUAGCGUCCUUUAAUCUCCAUCCUUCUACUGUUGUGCCUCUUUCUUUUUUUACCCCAUCUUCUUCCCUCUCAGAAUUUUCUCUUCUCGGUGAAUAUUUUUUUAAUCAUAAUAAUUUCUCGACUCUUGAUUCUCGCAUAUUAAGGGGCUCGGAGGGGCAGGACGUCUCCGGUCUGCUUUGGAAGCAUUGCUAGUAUUAAUAUCGGGGAUUACGAUUAUAUGUUGGCUUGUACAAUGACUUCUCUUUGGUGGUAAUUCUUUAUAAUCAGGAUGGUUCACACGGCAAUGUGCCUGGACAAUGCUGCCCAUUGCUACUUGUCUUCUUCUUUACUUUCUCAUGUGCCCAUCGCUUUUUCUUUUCCCUUUUCCCUUUGGCUUUUUUUUUUUU